AUGUCACAACAACAUUUUACAACUCCUCCCUCAAUACUUGCAAGAAAAAAAGAUGGUGAUGUACCAAAAAAACAAACAAGAGAAGAAUAUCGUCAACAAAAAGAACUUGAAGAAUUACGAAAAGCUGGUUCAGCACCAGCUGAAGUUGAUGAAGAAGGAAAAGAUAUUAAUCCACAUAUACCAAAAUAUAUGACUGAUGUACCAUGGUAUGUUACAUAUGAUCAUACAAAACCAACACUCAAACAUCAACGUAUUCAUCCAGAAAAAUCAACUACAUAUGAUACUCUUAAUGAAUGGUAUGCUCGUGGUCAUGCUGAUAAAGUUGCAACACGUUAUCGCCCAGGUGCUUGUGAAAAUUGUGGUGCAAUGACACAUAAACGUAAAGAUUGUGUUGAACGUCCACGUCGUUUAGGUGCACGUUUUACAGGCUCAGAUUUUGCACCUGAUGAAUAUGUUCAACCUGAUAUAAAUUUAUCCUAUGAUGGUAAACGUGAUCGUUGGAAUGGUAUUGAUAUAAAUUGGCAUCAACAAAAACUUCAAGAUGAACAUAAACGUUUAGCUGAAGCAAAAUCAAUUUUAAAAGCAAAAAAAUUAGAUGAAGAAGCUGAAGCUGAAGAACAACUUGAAGCUGCUGAAAUAGCAAAUAAUACUGAAACUGAAGAACCAGUUGUAACUGUUCCAGCUAAACCAGGUGGACUUGAUGAUAAAACAAAAUCAAAGAAAACAAAUAAACCUGAUUCAGAUGAUGAUGAAGAAGAUGAAGAAUAUAAAUAUACAGAUUCAAUGGAUAUGCCUGGUCAACAUGUCGAUUCCAAACAACGUAUUAGUGUACGUAAUUUACGUAUUCGUGAAGAUACAGCAAAAUAUUUACUUAAUUUGGAUGCAGAAUCAGCCUAUUAUGAUCCAAAAUCACGUUCUAUGCGUGAUAAUCCAUUUGCAGGAACAAAUAAAGAUCCAUCACAAGUGCCAUAUUUAGGUGAUAAUUUUGUUCGAUAUUCUGGUGAUGCCAAAGCUUUUGCUACAAGUCAAAUAUUUGCAUGGGAAGCAUUAGAUAAAGGUGUUAGUAUACAUACACAAGCUGAUCCAACAAAAUUAGAAUUAUUAAAUAAAGAAUUUCAUGAGAAAAAAAAUCAAUUUGUUAAAACUGUUCAAGAACAAUUAAUUGAACGUUAUGGUGGUGAAGAACAUUUAAAUAGUAUACCACGUGAACUUGUUGUUGAAGCUCAAACAGAACAAUAUGUUGAAUAUAAUCGUUUUGGUAAAGUUAUUAAAGGUGAUCAACGUGCAACAAUUAAAUCAAAAUAUGUUGAAGAUGUUUAUGAAAAUGAACAUACAUCUAUUUGGGGUUCUUAUUGGAAUAAUUAUCGAUGGGGUUAUGCAUGUUGUCAUUCAUUACUGCGACAAUCUUAUUGUACAGGUGUUAUUGUUGAAGAAAAAGAAAUUGAAUUUGAAACAAAUAAUAAAUUUGAUGAUACUAAUGGUGAUAAGCCAAAAUCGUUGACUGAAAUGCAUCGAGAAAAAUUAAAUAAACAAAAACUUCAACCAAAAUCUUCAUCGGCAACUGAUGACAAAGAUUCAAUAAUGAAAAAACUCGAUAAGAAAAAAAUACAAGAUGCAGCAAAAGAAAUUGAGAAACGUGACAAACAAGCUGAAGAAAUGGCUUUAAUUGAUGAACGAAAAAGAAAAUAUAAUUCAUUAAAAACAGAUACUAAUGAUUAUAAAGAACCAAGUGAAGAAGAAAAAGAAGCAUAUCGAUUGAAAAAACUUCGUCAUGAUGAUCCAAUGGCACAAUUUAUGUUGAACUCUUAG